UUGUUGACUCACUUUGUCUGUUCAACUGAGAGUCUGAUGAUGAAUUGCUGAGUCCUGGAGUGGGAGGGGCAUUACCUGCUAGGUGCAAAGCAGCUCUCCUCCCAUUGGCUGAGAGGAGUCAGUAUAUUUCCUCCCUCACAAACAAUGUGAGAGAGUGAGCAGAGUGUUCAGAGCAUUGAGAGGACUGAGAGGCUAACAAGAAAUCUCUUUAGCACAUCCACUGAAAGAUUCAGAGAGGAGGCUUGAUAGACUGCAAACUUAAGAAAAUCCUACUGAAGACAUCAAGAUACCAAGAUGGCAGUCAGUUCGUUUCAUCGUGGGCAAUGGGCUUCACAGUCCUUGCGAGUUACGGCGAAGGAGCUCUCCAUUGUUGGUGUGCGAGGAAAAAACACGGCCAUUGCUGAACGAUUUUCCAAGUACCAGAAAGCAGCAGAAGAAACGAGUUCAGACAAGAAAAAAUCUCCGGAGAAGUCGACUCCUUCCCUGCGCAACAACAAUCUGAGUGUCCUAAAGCAGCUCUGGGAACAACCAGCCGAAACGCCUACAUCUCCAGAACCCAAAACGCACUCAAGACAGAGGGAGAACCAUCAGCAGCAGUCCUUAGAGCCCAGUGUUGACACUCCACUGGAAUCCACUGACAUCCAGCUGUUGAGUGACAGUGACGAGCCGAUGGAGAAGUGGACGCAAAGAGAUGUGGAGACCUCCGGGGCUGUGCCCAUCGAAAAGCCCACUGUGCCUCUCAACAGCCUGAAGAUGAUGUUUGAGAAAGGAGAGACCAUUCACAACGUGUCCAGAGAAUCUGGGAAAACAGGAGACAGUGGAUCUGAGAAUAUGGAACCAGGAGAUAGAGAAAGUCUUGACUCUGGAGUCAAAAUGAUGGAGUCAACCCCUCUCAGGGACAGAAUGGCCAUGUACCAGGCAGCUGUGACUAAGCAUGAUUUCCCUUCCUCCCCCACUAGUGAACCAGCAGACAAUGAAGUCCGCAGUCACAGUGGGAAGCAGAAGGAAAAUGUGCCACCAGUGUCUGCUGAUGUGGUAAGAACUUGCUCUGAAUCCAACACUUUGAAAAGUCCCACUGCAGACAGGAAUGGCUCUGUUAUAAGUCCUGAACAAAACCAGUCUAAAGCUGUUAGGAAGUUCCGUUUGCCUGUCCGUGAAACCUGUGUGAUGUGCCUUAAGACUGUGUACCCGCUAGAGAAACUUGUUGCGAAUCAGCAGAUUUACCACAACACCUGCUUCCGCUGUGCCUACUGCAACACUAAACUCAGUCUGGUGAACUAUGCUUCUUUGCACAACAACGUCUACUGCAAGCCACACUUCUGCCAGCUGUUUAAAGCCAAGGGCAACUAUGAUGAGGGUUUCGGCCACCGACCCCAUAAGGAGCUUUGGGAGACUCGAGGAGAAGGAACCGAGGAGCAAGUGAAGCUGUCACCUCAAGAAACAACCUCCAGCCCAACAGUAGAGGAGUCUCCACUGGUUAAGGUUAACGUGCUUGCGGCCACUUUAGAGACCCGAACCCAGGCCGCCUCUGAGAGGGUGGAGAAGCCACUGGAGAUGGGACGACUCAAGAUAUCCUGGCCUCCGCAGACAGAAGGGGAUGAAAGCGCAACCCAUGUGUGUGCAGCUACUGACAGCAGUGGCAUCAAACCCAUCCGCCCGAAAUGGCCUCCAGAGGGCGACUCUGUAUCAAACAACUCAGACCAAUCUGAUCUUCCAAAGAUUCGCAGGAGCGUUUCACUCAAGGAGAGAAGCAAACCAUUUUCCAUCUUCAGCUCUGCCCCAGUCACUCAACCCAACAAGAGAUGCCAAAGAUCUCCUUCAAAUGAGAAGCCAGACUCGGAGGAGGAAAUGUCACCCGUCUCUUCCACUACAGACACGCUGAUCUCUUCCGAGGACAUGACUGAAAACAACCAAUCAGAAGAGGAGGAACAGGGUGAAACCAAGGAGGAAGACAAUGAGGAAAGGAUGGAACAGGAGGAGAAAGUGGAAGCACAGGAAGAGGAACUUUCCUCUCUGAAAUGCAGCUCACCGGACAACAGUCCUCCAUUGUCGCCCGAGAGCGAGUCUGGGCUGGAUCCCGAGGAGAACCAGGCCUCACAAGAUGUGGGCUUCUGGGAUGGAGAGGAAGCUGAGGAAGAUAGAGCUGAUGUCUCCGUGGAGGACCUCAUUAAGAGGAACCGUCAUUACUACGACGAGGAUGAGGAUGAUGUGGUCUGAGUGAUAGAUUAGAUGUCCGUGGACUUUCAUUUCUCAGAAGCACCAGCGUAUUUUCAUGUAGUCUCCGUUGUAGGUCUCUGUCUGUCUUUUGUGCAGUUUUUUUCAUGUCUUCAGCUUUUACAUGUGCCUAUAAAUGUAAAUGAACUAAAAACUAAGUAGUUGUCAGGAAGGUUUCUCUAGUCUAGACAAUACACUAGAGCGCAUACAGUCUCUUCAGGCCUAGUUUUAUGAAAUUUUAAUUUGUUUGGUACUUUUUCUAUAUUUUAUAUAAUAGAUUAGAAUAUCUUAUUCUGCUGCUGUUCAAUUUAAAAAUGUAUGCAUUUCCAAACAACUGAAAAGAAAAAAUGUUUUUGAUAUUGUUUUAAGAGGUGAUUAUUAGGCCAAUCUUAGUACGGUUAGUUCAAUCACCCAUCUUUUUUCACACAAGUGGUCUAUCACUACUGUAAUGCACUUGAAUGUACUUUAUGUUAAAACACGCCCUGGCUGUACCACAUUUGAUUGAAUUGGCAACCUUUCAAUGUUUUAUUGCAAAAUUGUAUUAUUUAACUAUUUUAAAUGUCACUUUUUUUUUUAUCAUGGGACCAAAUAUCAUGUAAUACUUUUUGUUUCAAAUAAAUUUACUACUUCAAAAUCUUGA